CUUCUCCUUAUUUUCCAUUUCUUUCCCCUACAUUGGGAUUCAAUUGUUACCGGCUGAUCUCGCCGCUUUUCUUAUAAUCUUAUAACCAUGCAGUGGCAGCCUGAGGAGGGCCCGCUGGGGCAGCUGGCAUACUGCUUUAGGGAUUCGUUGAAUUCUCACAACAGCGCCGCUCAAAAACAGGCCGAACAGAUGCUGGUACAAGCAACAUCAUCUCCAGACUAUGUUAAAUAUAUUACCUACCUCUUUUGCACCCCGCAGAAACCGUCCGUCUUGAAUAUGCAGCCGGCCGAAUAUGACAUUGUCCGCGUUGCCGCUGCCAUGAACCUCAAGAUGAAAAUCCACGUUGCAUACAACACCAUUCCCCAGGAUUCUCUCGCAUAUAUCCGGUCAGCCACCCUCAUCGGGCUCCGCGAUGACAACGGGCAAGUACGGAAUUCCGCUGGUAUCGUGAUAACAGAGUUGAUCGCAAAGGCGGGGCUAUUGGCGUGGCCAGAGGUCCUCCACGAGUUGCUGACGCUUGUUGAGAACCCGGCCGGAGAUGCCAGUACGACCACUCGGGAAGCUGCCAUGUCGGCGUUGUUCAAGGUCUGCGAGGAUAACCGCAAGAUCCUCGAGCGGGAAUACAGCGGGCAGUGCCCCUUGGACGUGAUCAUUCCGAAGCUGCUAUCGUUCAGUUCUAUCGACAGCUUCCGGAUCCGAGAGUCGGCGUUGAAAGCUAUUCUCAUCUUCCUCCCGCACCGACCGAAGUCUUUGAUUGCGCAGAUGGAUGUGUUCCUGUCGCAAUUGUUCCAACUGUCCAACGACCCUUCUUUGGAGGUCCAGCGCACGGUGUGCCAGGCUUUUGCACAGCUCGUGGACUUUGCUCCUGAGAAACUUAUUCCCCACAUGGAUGGGCUGGUCAACUACAUCAUUAUGCAACAGCAGAGCCAGAUCGACCCGGAACUGAACCUUGAUGCGGCCGAGUUUUGGCUGGUUGCGGGUGAACAGGCUGCGUUACAACAACCCCUGGCGCCUCAUAUGCCCAAGAUUGUUCCGGUGCUACUACAGAGUAUGGUAUAUGACGAGGAGGAAGCUAUUCGGCUUGCCGGGGAAGGCGAGGACGCUGACGUGGAAGAUCGUGAGGAAGAUCUGAAACCUCAGUUUGCUCGGUCGAAGGCCAGCCGUAUGGAUGUCUCCAAAGCCGGCGGACAGCAGAACGGGAAUGCGUCGGCGCAGGCGCCGGAGGAUGAGGACGAUGAUUUGAGCGAAGGCGAAAUCGAGGACUCCGAGUUUGGAGACGAUCCUGAGGAUGAAUGGACUUUACGCAAGUGCUCGGCCGCUGCACUGGAUGUCUUCUCGAACGUCUACCACGAGCCUAUUUUUGAAAUCAUCCUGCCUUACUUGAAGGAAACCCUGCGUCAUGAACAGUGGGUGCAGCGAGAGGCCGCUGUUUUGACGCUCGGUGCGGUGGCCGACGGCUGUAUGGAUGCCGUUACUCCCCACCUUCCUGAACUUAUUCCGUACCUCAUUUCAUUGUUGAACGACACGCAGCCCGUUGUGCGGCAAAUCACUUGCUGGUGCCUCGGGCGUUAUUCUGAAUGGGCUUCGCACAUCGCAGACCCUGCGGAGCGUGCUAGGUUUUUCGAACCCAUGAUGGAGGGCAUUUUGCGUCGCAUGCUAGACGGAAACAAGAAGGUCCAAGAGGCGGCCGCCUCAGCUUUUGCCAGUCUGGAAGAGAAGUCGGACGCCAACCUGAUACCAUACUGCGAGCCUAUCUUGCGCCAGUUCGUGCUCUGCUUUGGGAAGUACAAGGACCGCAACAUGUACAUUCUCUAUGACUGCGUGCAGACUCUCGCCGAGUGCGUUAUGGGUGAGCUUGGCAAGCCUCAUCUUGUGGAGAUUUUAAUGCCCGCUCUUAUCGACCGCUACAACAAGGUGUCAGACCAGUCUCGGGAGCUCUUCCCUCUGCUGGAAUGCUUGGGAUAUGUGGCAGCAGCAUAUGGAGAUACAUUUGCUCAAUUUGCACCACCGCUCUUCCAGCGGUGUACGAAGAUUAUUUACGAGAACCUGCAGGAAUAUGUAGCCUCCGUGAACAACAACACCAUUGACGAGCCUGACAAGGACUUUUUGGUAACCAGCUUGGACCUGCUGAGCGCGAUCAUUCAAGCAAUUGACCCGAACAAGAGCGGUGAGUUGAUCGUCAACUCACAGCCUCGAUUUUUCGAUCUUCUCUGCUUCUGCAUGGAAGAUCCAAACUACGAGGUGCGCCAAUCGUCCUACGCCCUGCUUGGCGAUUGUGCUAUGUAUAUCUUCCCACAAUUGGAACCGUUUAUCAACAACAUCAUGCCAAUUUUAAUUAAGCAGCUGGAUCUGGACAUGAUCCGCGACGACGACCGCCACACUGGCUUCAGCGUGUUAAACAACGCCUGCUGGUCUUGCGGUGAGAUCGCCGUGAACGAGAAGGCCGCGCUCGCUCCAUACGCAGAGAAGCUGUAUCACGGCCUCUUAGCCAUCAUUAACAACGAGGAGAUCAUCGACUCGGUCAACGAGAAUGCAGCCAUGGCCCUAGGCCGGCUUGGCAUUUGUUGCUCUGACCAGCUUGCACCUCGACUGGCUGAGUACGCUGGCACUUUCCUGAAGUCCAUGAGCAGAAUCGAUUUUACGCGGGAAAAGGCCUCGGCGUUCCUCGGAUUCAACCAAGUCGUGAUGAAGAACCCAGCGGCCAUGGAGUCUUCCCUUGUAGACUACUUCCAGGCGAUUGCCGCCUUUCCCAGCAAGUCGCUCCACCAGGAUGAAUACCACGACAUUCAAAGUUCAUUUCAACAGGUUCUUCAAGGUUAUAAAAAUAUGAUACCCGAUUUCGAUUCGUUCAUGUCCCAACUUCCCCCGCCUGUUGCGCAGAAGCUCCGUUCUGUAUACCAGAUUUAGAUCUAUUCCUGUCUCUCUCUG